GCCGUUCUAUUGUCAAAAAGAAAUACGCUUUCUCACACAUACAGGGCGUCUAAUACACAGUGUCUUAGGUAUACUGUCUUGUCAGAAAUACACUCUUACACGCACCGUCUGACAGUCAGUCUUACAUACUGUAUACUGUGCGUUCAGAAUGACCGUGUCUUACAUACACAGUGUCAUACUCACCGUGUGAGGAAUGGUUGAUGGUGAAGUCAUGAAAGGUUCCAUGAAGCGAGCAAGGCAACAUGUGGAGGAUGCACACUGAGCUCUUCGCCAGGUGAAGCGCGACGACGCGACAGCCUCAGGCAAGCUCUGCUUAAUCCGCCCAUGGACGUCUGCGGGCCUCCCUGACACACCCGUCAGACAUGAACACGUAUGAAGAAUAUGGAGAGGACGAGAUCAACGGUUACAUCAUCCAGCGCAGCAUCCAUGACGCCUGCCAGGAGGCCUUCCUCAAAUCACCCGCCAGCUUGGCAGCAUCCACCGAUGAGAACCUGAGAGUGCUGGCGGCCAUCGAGCAAGGUGAGGUGUCCACGCUGAGGGAGAUGCUGAGACACACGUCCGCCUUCAAGGAGGUGGACAGUCGCGGUUGGCUUCCCCUCCAUCGAGUCGCUUCCCAGCCAGUUCUGGAAGUCCUGGAGACCGUCCUAGCAUGUGAAGGGCUGAGUCUAGAGGAGAAGACUGGGGUGGGCGGAGAGACGCCGCUCACCUUGGCGGUUAAAGGCGGCCUGUCGAGGAACGUGAGAAGCCUGCUGGCGCACGGGGCGUCGCCGCACACCGCCAACGCCAAGAACGAGUCUCCUCUGUUGCUAGCGGUGAGGGCGGCGUCCUACGUGAUGACGUCCACACUGGUGUCGCACGGCGCCUGGGUGGAGCAGGUGUGUCGAAAGAAGUGGACGGCCAUGCACGAGGCGGCCAAGGUGGGCCACGUGGACGUCCUGAUGCUCCUGCUGAGGAACGGCGGACGUGUCAACCAGAAGGACAUCACCGGCGUGACGCCGUUGGCCGUGGCCGCAGAGCACGGACACUUCGCUGUCACGGAGAUUCUGGUCAACUGUGGCAGCAGAGUGAACUCUCAGGCUUGUAACGGGGAAAGUGUGCUGUUGGACGCGGCCGGCUCAGGAAACACGUCCUGCAUUCAGCUGCUGUUGGACAACGGAGCCAACCCCAACAUGCCCAGCAUCACCGGACACCUGCCCAUCCACAGGGCCGCCUACGCCGGAUGCUACGAAGCUCUGAAGAUGCUGAUUCCGUUGACCACCAAGAAGGCCAUCAAGGAGGCGGGACAAAGCCCGGUCCACUCUGCAGCCGAGGGGGGUCAGAGUCGCUGUCUGAAACUCCUGCUGUCGCGAGGCUUUGACGUCAACUACCGUAUGAACACCAGAAACUCAGAGAACUAUCGCGACAUGAGGAAGAGCGCCUUGUACUUCGCCGUUUCCAAUGGCGACGCAGAGUGCACUAGAGUCCUGCUGGCAGCCGGCGCCAAGACGGACCUGGACCCUCUGUGCUGCCUCCUGGUGGCGGUGCGCUCGGGACGCUACGAGAUCGUCAAGCUGCUGCUGGCCGCCAAAGCGGAUGUCAACUGUUACUUUGGCGUGGUGAGCGACACGCUGUUCCCCACGGCGCUGCAGUACUGCCUGAAGGACCAGGUGAUGAUGAGGCUGCUCCUCAACAACGGAUACAAGGUGGAAAGAUGCUUUCACUGUCGCCAUGACGACGCCUGCCAGGGUACGGAUGAGGCGGACGAGAAAAUUCCUUUUUGUGACUUCAUGAGCUUGUGUUGCCUGGUUCAGCUGGCGGGAGGUGUGGUGCGGACCCUGCUGGACUACGUGGACCACGUGCACAUCUGCUCCAAGCUCAGACUCAUCCUGGAGAAACAACCCGAGUGGACGCAAAUACGUGACAUCCUCAGUAGUCCUCGCUCCCUGGGCCACCUGUGCAGGUUGACCAUCAGGAGACGUCUGACGCUCAAGAGACUCAACGACACCGAGGUCAUGAACUCUGACCUUUUCCCUCCUGGCCUGAGAAGCUUCAUCUUGUACCGCGACCUUGACCUCUACAAGGACAACCACUGACACCAUUUUCCCUGAAUUUUUCAGAAUUACGUAUGAUGAAUGAUCAAUUACUUAAAUAUGAAUUAUAACCAACUAUUAUUCACAACAAUUACGACAUUAUCUUUUUCUACACUUUUUUCUACAAGUAUUUCCUGUUUGUCGAUAAAGUUCAUGAGUGUUAGCAGGGGCGGGGCUUGUGUCACGCUGAUGACGCCAUGACAAGGGGGUCACAGGGUGAGGUGAAAACAUCAUCGCUAUAUGUGUGAUGAAUGCUAACGUUAAUAUUCAUGUGGUCAGUCUUUGUUGUGGAAAACGUGCAGUGACAUAGUCGUGAUGUGCAGCGGGUGAGGGCUAUAAAUAGCGCCAGUGUGAGGGGGUGCGCACGUGUCUUCCUUCCAGCUGCCUCCGCCAUUAAUCAAUCAUCAAUACUUCACAUUAAAAAUGCUGCAUCCCAUUUUAUUCACGUAAUCAUGGCUAAUUAUUUGCCACUGUCCCUUACUAACCUUAUAAAUACCUCAUUCUUACUCGUAGUGACGGCCCGUGACUUCCUGGUCGUCUUCUAAUAAUUAACCAUUAUCGAUUAGUUGAGUCUGAAGCGGCUGCCCACCGUCGCCAU